AUUUUCUCUCGUUUGGGUGAUUUUAGGGAUUAGUUUUACCAAUUAAAAUAAUGUACGAUCAGCGACAAGUGAGAAUGGAUUUGAGCAAGAAGCAGGGAAAUGGUAGGGGAAGAUAUAUAGAGGAAGAAAGGCUAGAGAUUGUAAACUUGAGUGGGAUGUCAUUGGAUUCCCUUCCAAAUCCAUCUCUAAAUUUGUCUACUAUUUGCAAGUUAGACCUCUCCAACAAUAAUCUUGAGAGCAUACCAGAGUCCCUAACCGCAAGGUUACUGAAUUUGGUGGCAUUCGAUGUGCACUCCAAUCAACUCAAGUUUCUCCCCUACUCAAUAGGUUGUCUGUCUAAGCUCAAAAUUCUCAACGUUUCUGGCAACCUUCUCCACACUCUACCUAAAACUAUUGAAAAUUGCAGGUCAUUGGCAGAAUUGAAUGCUAAUUUCAACAAGCUUACAAUGCUGCCAGACACUAUUGGAUUUGAGUUGGUCAACCUGAAAAAACUGUCAGUCAACUCAAACAAGUUGAUUUUCCUCCCUCAAUCCAUCACUCACCUGGCUUCCCUACGAGUUCUCGAUGCACGCCUUAAUUGCCUCAGGUCUCUGCCAGAGGACAUGGAGAAGUUAAUCAACUUAGAGGUUCUCAACCUAAGCCAAAACUUCCACUACCUUGAAAACCUACCAUGCUCCUUAGGCCUCCUCGUUUCCCUUGUGGAAUUGGACAUUAGUUACAACAAAAUAAAAAGAUUGCCUGAUUCCAUCGGAUGCAUGAAGAAACUCCAGAAGCUUUGCGUGGAAGGGAACCCCCUGGUUUCGCCACCGAUGGAGAUGUUUGAGCAGAGCUUGCAUGCGGUUAAGGAGUACCUGAGAGAGAAAAUGAAUGCAAGGCACAAAAGCCCCCAAAAGAAGAAAUCAUGGGUGGGGAAGUUGGUGAAAUAUGGGACCUUCAGUGGGCACAUGAUGAGAGGCGCAGGUCUUGGGGAGAGAGAGAGGUUCAUCAUGUCAGAAUAUAGGUCCAUCGACGGUCUAGCUUCACCUCGCUACAUGGGGAUGUUCUCUCCGCGCCGACUAUUCUCGCCUCGUACUUACUUUACCAGAUGA